UUAAGCAAAGUCAACAGUCAACUAAUUUCAAAAUGGACGUUCGCUAAACAUGCAUGUUGAGUUUGUAUAGAAUAUUACCGGCUUCUCGUGUUUUAUCGUAUUUUUAUGUUUAAUUCGCACAUAGAUGAGUAGAUAACAGUAUAGGGCUCGCAAAUACAUCCAGUUAUCGUGCUGUCAUUAGUACGUUCGCCCGGAAUUGAACAAAUAUUCAACUAAGAAGCGCCAAGGCCAAGGUUUGCUAGAAGAUUCAUUAAUUCGAACUAGAGUACCAUUAUGGAUCAGACUAAUGAACAUUCUGAAGCUUUAUCGGAGCAAAACAGCUCGACGGACGGCCAGCAAUUGAGUAAUGAGCAGCGUCAAUUAGAGGUUAAUAAAACCUCAUGUACUUCGGCCCUAGAAGUAAAAGAUGACAUUAAGAUUGCAGACGAUGAAUGUGAAAUGAAUUAUUCACUUAAUCAAUGUGCUUUAAAUGAAAAUGCAUGCGGAUUUGAAACAGCUGCAUCACUAGGGUUAACUAAGCAAAAAGUAACAAAGUCGAAUAUAAUAGGAGAUGAACAAAAGACUGAAGGCUCCCAACAAUUAGAAAAUCCCGAUCAAGUUGUGAUUAACAGGAAAUCAGAAGCUUUGCACGGACUAACAGCGUAUGGGGGUGCCAGCGAUAGUGAUGGCAGUGACGUAGACAUUAGCAGCAAAGAUGGGAAUGAGCUCAGCCCUGACAAUAAUAAAACAAAGUCUGAACAAGCUUGGAGAAAUAAUGAGAAAGAAGAUGACUCUGAUACAUGUGAUUCUGAUAGUGACUCAACUAACAGCACGUUAUCCUCAGACUCUGAGAGUGAUAGCGAUAGUGAAAGCGAUUAUGGUGAUGAAAAGCUUAAUAGUUCUUGUAUAGAAAAGGCGACAAUCGAAAUCGCUUCCAGGAAUGAAAUCAAGACAGUUUCCCUUGUUGGUGAUACAGGUGCUGUUAAAAGGACCAACAAACAAGCUGCAACUGAAGAAUUUUUCCCUCCCAUUCCUGAUUUGUCUAAAAUAAAUAUAAAUGAGGAGGAGGAAUUUAUACAUCUUGGAGAAUUGCAAGCGAUUGUUGGAACUUUAGUUACUAUUGAAUCGAUUCCUGAUAGGCCUGCUUUUGAUUUGGACUCGAUGUUGUUCAUUGGUGAUAGUCAAAAAAGGCCACUUGGUCCAAUAUUCGAUGUCUUGGGACCCGUACUUCAACCCAUUUACUGUGUUCGUUUCAAUACUGAAGAUGAAAUAAAAGCAUGCGGAAUUAUGCCUGGAAUCAAAGUUUAUGCCGCACCGAAGAGUGAUGAAUUUAGCAAGUUUGUGUUUCUUACGGACCUUUUGAAAAUAAAAGGCACGGAUGCCUCUGGGUGUUAUGAUCAAGAGCAGCCUGGGGAAAUAUCUGAUGAUGAACAGGAAUUCCAAACCAACGGAGCAAAACACCCACGGGGAAAAAGGAAAUCGAUUGAUAAUAGUGCAGAGAGACAUAAAAUGUAUGAAAAAACUAUGAAUCAGUGUAAUACAUUUAAUACGAAAGUCCACAAUUUAGUGGAUGUUCGGAAGAAAUCAGUGAGAACAAGAAGACCAAAUGCAACAGCGACUAUUCAAUCUCAUAUAGUUCCUGAGUUCAAUCCUGCAGUUCCACCACCAGGCUACGCACUACAUUCCAGUUUUGGAUUCAAUGGGCAACCGCAACUCGAAGUUCCUGUAAGAUUUCACACAGGAGCAAGUCAGAAUUUUCAAGCAAAUUAUGCGCCAGUAUUCAGCGGGUCACCACAAUUUGGUAGCUUUGAUCCCAACACACCAUCUCCCUAUUUGGGGGGCCUACCAUUAACAUGGCCGAAUUGUCAGAACAGCUCAGGUAUUCAAUUCAACCAAGGUCCAGAGAACCUUCAAAGCCAAUAUAACUACUUUACCAACAACAGCCGAAACUCAAAUGGUACAGACCCUGGUCCUUCCUCUCAGUUCUAAAAUUUAGCAUUAUUUCAGUCAACUUCUUUCUUUCAUUUUGCUAUCGCAAUCGCAUCGGUUCCUGUAGAUUCUACAGUUGCUUUAGGAAGAAUGCGGCUCUCAGACGAUGAAACCACAUAAAGGUAGUCAAGUUGUUUUUUAAAUCAUUAUGACAAAUAUGUUUCUCAGAAGAGCUUUAAUUUUUUUCAACCAAAAUUGAGUGAUACAUUACGCUACGUAACCAGAGAAAAACAUGUUUCUCGUCUGUUUAUUUUACCACAUGUACUUUGUGCAUUCUUCUUCCUACAGUCGUUCUAUUCAAGAUCCAUUGAUUCAUUUAGGUAUUAUAUUCCUAAUAAUUGCAUCAAUUGAAUGUGGGAAAUUUGAAGUAUAGUUCCUCAUUCGAUUAUUAUACCUCAAUAAAUACAGUUCUACCCACAUUUGUCUGCAUUGAUAAUAGGGCUUCUGUUUAACACUUUCUUCUCCAAUCGUGGUUCCGUUUCUAACAACUAAGUCUGCUUUUACAGAUACACAUUUGCAAUAAUGUAAUAAAAAUAUAGUAAUAAAUGAAAAUAAGGCAAACCUAUCUGCCUUUUAAUGUUUCAAUUUUUAGCGAUUAUCUGCAGUACGGGAUAUGAAUCCACAUGGACAGAAAUUAACGAAUUAAACAGUGUGCUUUUUAUAUUAAAAUUUAGAAAAUAUAUAUUUCACAAAUAUGUAUAUCGAAGUAAUCUUUGUUUUAUGAAAAAGCUUGUGUAGAUUUACAAACAACUAUUCGACUGUUUCAAUUAUUUUUUUGUAACAAUUCAACCAUAAUUUAUCCAUAAAACCAUUUUAAAAAUGUCCAAUAGUGUAAAGGCUAAGAGAUCCUGAACGUGUUUGAUAAUAAAAUAGUUGCUAAAACGUAUAAAAACUGCUUGUCGAAAAUCCACCGAUUCUAUUCGUACUACAGUUAAUCCUAUGUAUAAUACAUAAAGCACCAACUCAAAAUUUGUUUAAAGGCUUAUUGACAUUUAAUCAAAAGUCAACAAAUGUCGCUUUAAAUAUUAAUAAAGUUCUGUUGCACACGCUUGUUCAUAACUAAGUUGGCGUUCGAGAUCAAGUUCUUUCCAUUUAAUCUAAAUUUUCCACUUAAAACCCCUUAUGAGAUGUCAGAAAAAAAAUUGUACUUGUUAUAUUAGUUGUGUUAAAUGAUUUCACGAUGCUACUGCUUAUUGUCGUUAACUUAGUUACUUUGAUAAUUUACAAACUCAGCUAACUGAACAAAAUCAUGGUGUCCCACUAAGACUGUGAAGCAGGAAUGACAUUGCCACUGUAAAUUUAAACGAAACCUUCCAACAUUUAAUUUGGUUAUUCCGUAGAUUAUUGAGUAGGCUUUGGUUGAGUUUGUAAAUUGAGUAUAUAUUACAUAGUUAGGAAUGUCUAGAGGAUGGAUAUUUGGUGAUUAGCAGUUGACUCGGGAUCGUCUGAAGAUUUAUAGACUUCAGAGUUUGUUUUGUUAUAUGGUUAUAUUCCAGGAUAUAAAAAUCUUGAAAGCAAA